ACUCACACACACAUAUAUAUAUAUAUAUAGUGUUUGGCUCGUGUCUCUCACCCUUUAAAAUAGAUCUAAGUACGUAUAGCUCGGACCCUUUUUGCCUUCUCUGAUAUCUCCCAAUCUCUCUUCCUCCUUUGUGUUUCACCAACUUCAAAGCUUACAUCUCUCUCUCUCUCUCUCUCCCUCUCUCCCUCUCAAUGAAUUCGAAUUUUCAUUACCCUAUAGAUCUCAAUGAAGAUCAAAACCACCAACCCUUUUUCUGUACUAUUGGAUCGUCUCAUCAUCAAGCUUCUUCCUCAUCGUCUACAUCAUCUUCGUCUCUCUCGUACCUCCCUUUCUUGAUCAACUCUCAGCAAGAACACGUUGGUUAUAACACUGCCAAUUACCAUGGCGAUCAUGAUUGUCUCUCCCAACCCCUCGAGGCGAAGAUGUUGACGUCAAACGGUGGAUCAUCAUGUGAUCACAUGGUGCCAAAGAAGGAGACAAGACUGAAACUGACAAUAAGGAAGAAAGAACAGAGGACCGAUCUCCCUCUUGUUCAGAACCAGACAAAAUCCAAUCAGAGCGCUUCGUCGCCGACCACAACCACCGUCAAGUGGAUGUCUUCGAAGAUGAGGCUGAUGAAGAAGAUGAUCGCCCACAAACGGCCCAUGGAUCGAAAUCUCCACGAUGUUGAUCACAAGAAGAAAACUUCCCCCGAUCACUCUACAGUCUACGACAAUGGUCAUGGUCACAACAAUGGCGUGAUUAGGGUUUGCUCUGAUUGUAACACCACCAAGACUCCUCUAUGGAGAAGUGGCCCUAGAGGUCCAAAGGUAAAUCCCCACAGCAAUUAUCAAAUUCAAUUUACCGCCGGCUCCAACGAUUCUCCGGCAGGACAGCCGCCGCAGCAGCUAGCGUUGGCGAAGAAGAAGACACAUAACAAGAACAAGAGAACUAGCGACCAUUUCAGCCCACCGCCGAAGGCCAAGAAGUGCAAGAUCACGGCAGUUGAUGCCUCGCCGGCGGCGGCGGAUGAUUCAGGAACUCAGAGCAAAUCUUCUCCGUCGUCUUCGUCCUCUUCGUCGUCGAACAAAUUCGGUUUCGAUGAUCUGACGAUAAUAUUGAGCAAGAGCUCGGCGUUUCAGAAAGUUUUCCCACAAGAUGAGAGAGAAGCCGCCAUUUUGCUCAUGGCUCUAUCGUAUGGGAUGGUUCACGGUUGACAAGACAAAUUUUCACAAAAGUGGACCACAUAUAUAUAUUUAUAUAUAUAAGUUAUAUAGUAUAAUAAUUGAUUGUUAAAUCUCGGUUUGGUCGUAGAAUGUUUUCUUAUUAUUUAGUUUUGCAGUAGCGGUCUAAUCAGGAGUGAAACACCAUAUAAUAAGAGAGUGAGUUGCUAGGUUUUCUAUUACUAUAUGGACCUCUUGAACAGGUUGAUAACCAGAUCAUAUGGGUCUUCUUGUUCAUUUACCUCUUCCAUCAUGCAAUGAGAUCCGAGAAACAAUUAAUAUAAAUCAUAGUUUUCAUUUA